AUGAUCCAUCUGUAUCAACAGAAGAUUGGAUCUAUCCUUUACGCCACGAUUAUCACGCGGCCCGAUGCGGCAAAAGCUUCACAAAUGCUAUCAGAACACCUCACGAACCCUACUGAUCAGCAUAUGCAAGCCGCAGACAAAGCCAUUGUCUACCUUUACCACACUCGAUAUAAAGCUAUUAAGUACUCACCUACAUUACCUACAUAUCCUACCUUCGUCUGUGCAAGUGAUGCAUCCUAUGCAGAUAAUAUCGGACGAAAGUCAUCAGAAGGCUAUAUUGCAUACCUUUUUAAUGGUCCGAUAGACUGGAUUGCUAGGAAACAGAAAACAGUCACCACAUCCACCACUGAGGCCGAACUACUUUCAAUAUCAUCAGCAAGCAAACACGUCAUGUGGUGGAAACGACUAUUUAGGUCCAUCAGCCUAGACCUAGACCAGACGAUAAGUGUCCUCUGUGACAAUAAACAGACCGUUGACCUUCUUACCAAGGUCAAUUCCUUAUAUCGGACAAAGCUUAGGCAUAUCGAUAUCCACCACCACUGGCUCCGCCAAGAAAUAGUGGUAGGUAAUAUCGAUAUAGCCUGGAUCGAAACGAAUUCAAUACCUGCAGACGGCUUAACGAAGCCACUGCCCAAUCAGAAGCAUCAGCGCUUCAUCCAUGACCUGAAUAUGGUCGAUAUUGAAGAAAAGAUCAAUCAGUCCGAUUAG